AUUCGAAACCGCUGCAAUAAAAUGGUAAUUCAACGUAUUAUUUAUGCAUUUGGUCAUCGCACCAUGCCAUUGUUGGCCAAUCCCUGCACAACUCAAGCGAUACGCAAUAUGUCGAGCGAAGUUCUGGCAACCGAAUCUUCCGAUAAAGGUAUGAUCAUUUUGAACCGUCCCAAAGCCUUGAAUGCAAUCAAUUUGGAAAUGGUCCGCAAAAUCUAUAAACAUUUGAAAAAAUGCGAAAAAACCAAAUCGCUGAUGAUUAUCAAGGGUACCGGCGAAAAGGCCUUCUGUGCCGGCGGAGAUGUUCGUGCUGUGGUGGAGGCUGGUCCCACCGAAGAAUCGAAAAAUUUCUUCCGUGAAGAAUACACAACAAAUGCCUUGAUUGGCAACUAUAAAAUACCCUAUAUUGCCUUGAUUGAUGGCAUCACCAUGGGUGGUGGUGUUGGUCUUUCGGUACAUGGUAAAUAUCGUGUUGCCACCGAGCGUACACUUUUCGCCAUGCCUGAGACGGCCAUUGGUUUAUUCCCCGAUGUUGGUGGUUCAUAUUUCCUACCCCGUUUGGAGGGUAAAAUUGGGCUGUACCUUGGCCUGACCGGUUUUCGUCUAAAGGGUGAAGAUGUCCUUAAGGCCGGUAUAGCAACACAUUUCUGUGAAAGCUCUAAGUUGAGUGAUUUGGAAUCUGCCUUACUUAACUGUCCCGAUGCUGAUGAGGUACCAGAAAUUCUAUCGAAAUUCAAUACACCCUCAACCAAACCAUUUGUGUUGAGUCCACAAUUGGAUCAGAUUAACAAAUGUUUCUCCGGGGAAAGUGUUGAAGAAAUUGUGGAGAAUUUGAAAAAAGAUGGCAGUGAAUGGGCAUCGAAGACAUUGCAGACAAUGUCGAAAAUGUCACCAACCUCCCUAAAGGUUACCUUCCGUCAAUUGGAAUUGGGUUCGAAAUUAUCACUGCCUCAAUGUCUAAAUAUGGAAUAUCGUAUGGUUGUACGUCAUUUGGAAAAUAGUGAUUUCAAGGAAGGUGUACGUGCCCUGCUCAUUGACAAGGAUCAGAAGCCCCAAUGGAAUCCCACAACAUUGGAAGCUGUUAGCGAAGAACGUGUUCAAUCGUUCUUUGCCAAGCUGCCCGAUACCGAAGAACUUAAAUUGUAA